CUGUGGCCAGCAUUUUUUUCUUUUUUCUUUUUGUUAGGAAUUUUCACUCUUUAUCAAAUUUUCAAGAAUCAUAACCAACGACCAAUCUCAUCAGAUAUUGAAUGGCGGGAGCUGCCUUACUGCCAAUAUCGCCAUCUCCCUUCAAAUUAUCCUCAAUUGCAUGUUCUCUUUCUCCAAGAUUUCACUCAUUAUCUCUCUCUUUGCUUCACCAAAGAAACCCCAUACUCACCAUUUGCUAUGCCAAGUUUGAUGGGUCGAUUGGAGAAGCAGCAGAAAGGAUGUACAGAAUGAAUUUUGAAGAUGAUGAGUUGGUGGAGGAAGAUGAUGAAGAAGAGAGUGAUGAGGAAGAGGAGUCUGAGAGCAGUAUUGAUUUGCUAAUUAGGUUUGUGCAAAAUAUGUUCAAGAAGGUUUCCAAGCGUGCUAGGAAAGCUACUCGUUCUAUACUGCCAGACGUCAUUUCUCCACAACUUGUCUCUUUUGCAGUUGAUGGCGUUCUAAUUUUGGCUUCACUCUCCAUCUUGAAGGCAUUUCUUGAGGUGGUCUGCACACUUGGUGGUGCUGUCUUUGUAGCAAUUCUGUUAUUACGUGUGCUCUGGUCGGCUGUUUCCUACUUUCAGUCUACUGGUUCAGAUUUUAACAGCGGUGGAAGUUCCUAUGGCAGAACACAACCCGUUGCAUGAUUAAGCCUAGUCAAUAUCUUUCAUCUGGUUAAUCUUUAACGGUAUAUCAUUAAUUCCUUAAAAACAACAAAAGUUGUUAUUAGCAUUAAAAAUGUUCUGUAAGUAAUAGUGACUUAAUUUGGCUAUGUAAAUUUUACAUGUUUGAAGAUUUUGGCAGAUUUUAUAGGGAGUAGCUUCAAUUUGGGUUUGGCACAUCUUUUGAAAUGACUGAUGAAGCUGUAGUUUUGCUUCCUAUUGAGUUGUAUAUCUAGAGUCGGAUUUAGGAUUUGAAAUGUAUGGGUUACUAUGGCAACCUCAAAUUAAUAUACAAUGAUAAAUGGGUUUACGGUCAAA